AUGGACUCUAAAAUCCAGACAAAUGUUCCAUUACCAAAGGCACCCCUUAUCCAAAAAGCCCGUGGGAAGCGUACGAAAGGCAUUCCUGCAUUGGUUGCGGGUGCUUGUGCUGGGGCAGUUGAAAUCUCCAUCACCUACCCUUUCGAAUCGGCUAAAACUCGCGCCCAGCUUAAGCGGCGAAACCAUGAUGUGGCAGCUAUAAAACCUGGAAUCCGAGGCUGGUAUGCUGGGUAUGGAGCCACCUUGGUAGGAACCACAGUGAAAGCCUCCGUUCAAUUUGCCUCAUUCAAUAUUUAUCGCUCGGCCCUUUCGGGCCCAAAUGGAGAGCUCUCAACUGGAGCUUCCGUCCUGGCUGGGUUUGGGGCUGGCGUGACCGAGGCUGUCUUAGCCGUAACCCCAGCGGAGGCGAUCAAGACAAAAAUCAUUGAUGCAAGGAAGGUUGGAAAUGCAGAGUUAAGUACGACUUUUGGCGCGAUAGCUGGGAUCCUUCGAGAUCGGGGACCGCUUGGAUUCUUCUCUGCGGUUGGUCCUACAAUUUUGCGGCAGUCCUCCAAUGCGGCAGUGAAGUUCACUGUUUAUAACGAACUUAUUGGGCUGGCCCGAAAAUACUCGAAGAAUGGCGAAGACGUGCACCCUCUGGCAAGCACCUUGGUCGGUUCUGUUACUGGAGUUUGCUGCGCCUGGUCGACACAGCCACUGGACGUGAUCAAGACACGAAUGCAAUCUCUUCAGGCAAGACAACUGUACGGAAAUACCUUCAACUGCGUGAAAACACUCCUGCGCAGUGAAGGCAUUGGCGUUUUCUGGUCCGGUGUCUGGUUUCGGACAGGGAGACUUUCCCUUACCUCGGCCAUCAUGUUUCCCGUCUACGAGAAAGUCUACAAGUUCUUGACGCAACCAAACUGA